CCUGCAUGCAGCAGGGUGACACCUCCUGAUUUAUGGCUGUAUUUAGAUAAGACCCCGCCGUAAAUGGUUUCUAAAUCGCGUCAAGGUCAUGUAAUGUAAUGGGAUAAUGUUUUUAGGCGAUGGAGAUAAGAUGACGUGUUUAGUAUGAGGAGCUGUGGGGAAUUAAUGCGCUGAUAACGGCCCCCCUUUCUUAAAAGUAUACUGCUGAGGCUUUAAUGCCAACAGGCCGCAGUCUGUGUCCGUCCCAAACAUACCAAAUAAUUCAUCAAUCUGUUAAUUUACACUUCGCAGAGCACACUGACACAUCCCUUCUGUUUUUAUUGGAAAAGAAAGGAAUCUGAUAAAAUGCGCACAAAACGAGCAUUACGCGUUCAGGAAAAUAUUUAUAAAAUUCGUCUUAAAUCUUCAAACAAGCAAAAAGCAUGGAGCAGGAAAACUAACAAACUGCGUCAGAUGUUGAGAAUUAAGAACACUAACACUGAUAUCAGAUUUUAGAUGUUUUGUAAUGUUACUGAUUUGAACGUUUUGUGAAUUCCUUGAUUUCGUGUUCGUCUUAUACCAAGAGACUUUCAAUCCGUUAAAAUGACUACUUUUUAAGGGUUCUUGUUCUUAAUCUUUUGUAUUAACUCCUGCAUACAGUGGGACAAUUAAAAUGUCUUUGAAUAACCAUAUAGAGAAAGGUAUAAUUGUAUCAAAAGGUUUACCUUUUUAAAAUUUGCGCAACUUUAAUAAAAUAGACACAGUUGUUAAUUGUAAGCCCUGCUGCUGUGUGUUUAUAUAGCCUAUUCUUUUUUCUUUUUUUUUGCAUUAUCGCCCACGAGCUGGAAAUUAAAUUAAACAAGAUAAGAAUUGUCUUGCUGCAUUUUGAAAAUCAUACAUAAAAAUAGCCAUGGCCAUGUACGGGUGCGUAAAUUCUAUGCGUAAAACCUCUCCAUGAAAUAAAGAGGCCAAACAAACUUACUUAUUGAGCUAAUUUUUGCAGCAAACCUCUGACAGUUAAAAACGGUUUUUUUCCUGUGUGCAUGUCUGAGUAGCAAGCAACCAGCUCAUACAGUAAGAUAUUUUCUCCUUAUGCAGUGCUGUGAGCGUAUGGCACCAUGGCGCAUGUUAUUGCAAACCUCUCCGGACACUCCUCCCAUCUCGGCCGCUCUCCUCUAUUGGCUGCCUUCUUUCCACGCUGACAUCCAAACCAUAUAAACCUGGGGGCCUCACACCUACUGUGGGGUCAAAUUUCUCUGGCGAAUCAGAGCACCUUCUCCGGGAAACGAUCGCAGAAAGAAACACAAGUGGAGCAUCAAACAUCGCCGAGAUCUCUUCUCUGGGAUUAUUGAGUUUUUGCGGCCUGUUUCGCCUCGGCAGAAGUCGCUGUCAGAAUAACGACGAUGUAAAUGUCUAUAGCUUUGUUCCGUUUGACUCGUUAAUGCGUGUGAGUGGAUACAUAUUACAGUCUUGAAUGAGUUCUGUUGGCUGCACAUUCACGCGCAGAGACCUUUUUGGAGCAGCAGCAGCGGAGAAAACGAAAGGGCGAAGGACAUCCCGGAAACGAACUCUUCAGUUCUCCAGCUCAUCAUGAACCUGAUCGGGGGCUACCAGCAUCACCACCACCUGAUGCACGAGCCCUUCCCGUUCGUCCAGCGGUGUCACCAGGAUGCACCCUACUUCCAGAGCUGGGUGGUGAACCACGGCGAGAUGCCCCCGGACUUUCAGAUCCAGGCGCCCUACCCCGCCGCGGAGCUCGGACCGCCCGGAGCGACUCAUGACGCCCGGCUGGAGGGUCUGCAGGCCGGGAUGGGGAAGAGGAGGACGUCGGGGCCGAAGAAGGAGCGCCGGAGGACGGAGAGCAUAAACACAGCCUUCGCAGAGCUGAGGGAGUGUAUCCCCAACGUCCCCGCGGACACAAAACUGUCUAAAAUUAAAACUUUACGCCUGGCGACCAGUUACAUCGCCUACCUGAUGGACGUGCUGGCCAAAGACUCCGGAGAGACGGAGGGCUUCAAGGCCGAGAUUAAGAAAUUCGAAAACAGGGAUCUGAAGAGGAAACGGGAGCCGGUAGGUGACCUGACGACUGACGGCCUUCAGGAGUCUAUAGGAGCCGAGAAGAAGGUGAAGGGCCGGACCGGGUGGCCGCAGCAGGUCUGGGCUCUGGAGCUCAACCAGUGACCCCCCUCUCCUCCUCCUCCUCUCCCUCCUCCUCGUCCUCCUCUUUCUCCGAGACUCAAAUCAGAUAAAAAACCACUGAGUGACUGAACCCAAACACACUGCUGUGCACGUGCAACGAUGCGCAAAAAGGAGAGAAUGAAAGGACAACAUGAAGACAAGGUGAGCGGAGAAGGACGACAUCAUCGUGGCCCCUUGGUUGGUCUUCUUUGUCCUCGUGAGGCUUCAAACAUUGCGCGCAUAUCUGCCUGUAUGUGUUUUGAUAUUUGUGGUAUUUCUGCGCCCCUCGGUACUGUAGUCCAGAUGUUGCCACGGAGCAGCGAACAUCUGUCUCCUCUAAAAAUGUGUUUUCUCUGGCGUCGAGAGGUCUUGUUUUCCACAUUUGAUGGAGUAGAAAAUUGAAAAAUUAGAGUAACUGCAAAGUGCUGAAAGUGUGGGGCAGGGAGGAGUCACUGACUUGAUUUAAGCUCUGUUGUUUCUUCAGGCGCGGGAUUAUUUACUAAAUGUUGCAUUACCACAAUCAGCAGCAGCAGAAGCCACAGAGGAAACAACGUAUCUGUUGAUAUCCAGUGUGAGGUACCUGAUCACGUGUUUUAUUGACAUGUGUGUGUCAAAUCAGGGAAUUUGAAUCAUUUUAAAUUAACUUUAAACAGAUGGCCGUGUGUUUACGUUUAAAGCGCACGGGUUUAGAAGAUAUAAGACACGGAACAAUCAUAAAGACUUAGUUUUCCCUCAACUGAGAUGUUUUAUUUUAUUUUUCUGACUCAGUCUCGCGUGCUUUAAUUCUAAUAAUUCUAAUAAUUCUCAUUUCAUAGGCUACCUGAUCAAGAGAUUGUAUUACAAAAUGUACAAAAAACAAAAAUACAAAGGCUGUUUAUAGUACUGGGAUGUCAUAAGCUCUAAUAAUAAAUAUUGGAAUAUUAGAUUUAAUAAAUAAAUAAGAACAGAGGACAGACUUUUUUUUUCUCUGCAGGGACACUUGUUUUAGUCAAAGUCUCAUCCCGCUGGUUGUGGCACAGUCCGGCUCGUGAGGGUCCCUGCGCCAUGCAGUGCGCCUGCCCCGUCUGUUGUUGAUGUUUCUUGUGGGAUAUUAUUGAAUUCUUUGAAUCUACCUCAAACUGAAGUCACUGUCCGCUCUGAGGAGACGAACACAGACUGAGACAUGAAUGUUAAGUUUACGCACAGCAGCAGCUUUCACACGGACAUGUCGAGAAAGUAAAGAAGGAUUAAAGUGUGCGUUAUUGUUUCUGUGCGGAGUGUGGGUGAAAGUGUACAUUGGAUGUGAAGUUAUA